AUGCGCAGAGGGGAAUUCCCAGUGGAUGCUCUGCCGGCCUGGUGCCUCCUGAACGAUGUCACAUUCGUCGACGUCAAAGUCGCCGACAUUGAGGGCCGAGGACUCGGCUUGGUGGCUGAACGAGAUCUGGUCAACGAGGAGGACCACUAUGAGGUUCCGACACUUCUGGCCAUUCCAAAAGAGCUUGUUCUUUCGGCUGAAGGCGUCGAGGAAUAUGCCAAAGAAAAUAAGGAUUUCCGACAGCUUCUAGACGCCGCCGGCCACCAGUCUACUAGGGGUGACAUCUUACUGUUCCUGUUGACACAGCUUGUGCGCUCGUCGCCUGAUUAUACAGGUGGACAGGGGGCCAUGACACCGUGGACUCAGUACUUCAGCCUCCUACCGACGCAGGUGCCAGUCCCUACUAUGUGGUCCGAGUCAGAGUUGUCUCAUCUGAGGGGCACUUCACUUGAGUCGGCAGUGUCCGCCAAAUUCGCGGUAUUGACCAAGGAAUUUGACGCCAUCCGAGAAAAGACAAGUGAAAUAUUGUAUUGGGAUGAAAUACUCGCAGUCGAUGGAGCCGUGACGGUUCGUGAUUGGGUUCUACUUGAUGCUCUUUACCGGUCCCGCUCCCUGGACUUGCCGAAGUCAGGGGAGUCUAUGGUACCCUGUCUCGACCUGGUCAACCAUUCAAGUUCUGCCACGGCUUAUUUCGAGGAGAACAGCAAAGAUGAAGUAGUUCUCCUGCUGAAGAAGGGGUGUGGGGUGCCCCAAAGCAGCGAGAUCACUAUCAGUUAUGGACAAGACAAGUCGGCGGCUGAGAUGUUGUUCAGCUACGGCUUCAUCGACACGAAUUCGCCGGCUAAAAGCAUUGUUCUCCCCCUAGAGCCCAUGGACGACGACCCCCUGGCAAAAGCCAAGCUCCACGCUUUUGGAAAGCCGCCGGUCCUGGAGAUAAAGGACGACGAUAGUGGUGUGCCACAGUGGUCUGCCCCUUUCGUCUACCUCAUGUGCCUGAAUGAGGAAGACGGGCUGGAGUUCAAGAUCCUACAGGCAACCGAUGGAUCUCGCCGUCUGAGCAUGUUCUGGCAAGAGACCGACAUCACAGACGAGCCAUACGCAAUCCCGGAACUUAUAGGCAGCCAUGAGUUGGCGCAGAUAUUUAAACUUCGGGCUGUCACUGUCAUCCUGGAGGUAGUUCAGCAGCAGCUUCAAGAACUGAGCCCUGGCGAAGAAAGGUCAGAUGCGAUACCGGGUCUGGCUCGCGCAGAGGUUCUGCAGGCGGCGUCGCAUUUGAGAGCUGUCGAAUCGGAUCUCCUCAAAAGAGCCUUGCAGGUUCUCGACGAGCAGAGAACGCAAUUGCUUGCAGAUGAUUCGGUGCUGGCUUAUCUCGGAUCAAUGGAGGCUACCAAUAGCGACCAGAUCGUCCCCGAGGCGUCCAAUGGCAAUGAAGACCUGAGCUGA